UGUGUGCGUGUGCGCGCGUGUGUACAAACAUGCGGGGAUUAUCGGCCGUGCUCUCCGGAGUGAGACGAGCAGCGCGUGCGUGAAUGACAACCAGAGAUAAAUGUGCGGCACGUCGCGUGUCUGGUCUAGCUCGGUUUCUGGCUAACUGUCCUCCUCGACAGUGUCUCGAGAGAAAUAACAGCAGCCAUGGAAAAGCGCGAGCAGCAAGUGAAAGGGACAUCGCGGAAAUCCAAGGCCACUAAGCACAAGGAUAAAAAGCGCGCUGUUGGGAAACCGUUCCGUAAGAAGUCUUUUAAAUCAGUCGGGACUUUCGUGGCGAGGAUUUUCAAAAGUUUAGGCGCCUGGACUCACAGCAGGGAGCCGCUGGACGCAGAGGACGAUGACGGCGGAUUCCGGGUCGCAGCGCCUUGUACCAAUUCAGCGACUGUGAAAGAAGACGAGCGGGACCGUGUAGUGAAAACUUCAACCCUUCAGUCGCGCUCUUCACUCAAAGACCGGCUUUCGUUCUCUUAUGGCGAUAAGACACCCGGUGUUCUGGGUCUGAAGAAUCACGGGAACACCUGCUUCAUGAACGCGGUGGUGCAGUGCCUGAGCAACACCGACCUGCUGGCUGAGUACCUCGGGCUGGAGCACUAUAAGAUGGAUAUAGGGGAAAACAUGAUGAAUCACGCGGAUAAAGUGAGGCGUGAUGACGCGCAGCUCGCGCCGGGAGAGGUGACUGAGCAGCUGGCGGCGCUCGUGAGGGCGCUCUGGACGCUGGAGUACACCCCGCAACUCUCAGUGGAAUUUAAGAUGAUUGUGUCCAAGUAUGGUUCUCAGUUCCGAGGGAAUUCCCAACACGAUGCUCUGGAGUUCCUGCUGUGGCUGCUUGACCGCGUCCAUGAAGACGUCAACUCCUCAUUAUCGUCUCCAAGUGGAAACAACAGGAUCAAACCCAAUGGAAAGGAUAAUGCAGGAGGGGAAGAAUUAGCUAUCUCUGAGCUUCCAGAUCAGCAGCCUGGUGUACGUCACAGCUUUGUACAGGAGCACUUCCAGGCCCAGUACAAGUCAUCUCUGACAUGUCCUCAUUGCCUUAAGCAGAGUCACACCUUUGAUCCCUUCCUUUGCAUCUCUCUUCCCAUCCCUUUGCGUCAGACCAGGCCACUGUGUGUGACUCUGGUGUUCAGCACUAAAGGGCAGAGGUACUUAAGAGUGGGACUGGCUGUGCCUUUAUUCGGCUCUCUGGCUUGCCUGCGCAGAAUGGUGGCAGAUGAGGGCAAGAUUUCCCCGGACCAAGUGAUUUUGACUGAAAUUUACACUACUGGUUUCCAGCGCUCUUUUUUUGAUGAGGAUGACUUGACCAGCAUCGCAGAAAAUGACAUCAUUUAUGCCUUCCAAGCCCCACCCCUUUACAUCAGGGGAGGAUCCACUAGAAUAUCAGGCUACCACCACAGUCUCCCUUCUUCCCCAUACUCCUCAUCUGGGCCCGAGGCUCAGAGACUGGCUGCAUCCGGGGCACUCUCCUCCGAGUUCCUCAACCAUGGAGGUGGAACAGCAAAGAUUCUCCUGCUGGUGUGUAAUGCAGCUGGAGUAGGCCAACAAGCUGUGAGGUUUGGUCCUCCAUUCCUGAUGAGAGAGGACAGGUCAGUAUCAUGGGAUCAGCUGCAGCAGAGCAUCCUCAGUAAGCUCUACUACUUGAUGAUCAGUGGAGCACAGCCACAGAAUAACAGAGUCCUGUUUAAGAUCCGUGUUGUUGGGGGAUCAGUGUCCUGUAGCUAUUUGAGUCCACAGGAUGGACGUCCACUUUACCAUCCUGCAGUAGACAGAGCUCUAAAGCUGUGUGGCUCUGGCGGUCCUCCACAUGUGAAGCUCAUUGUAGAGUGGGAACACAGAAUAAAAGACUGUCUCUUUGGUAACAUCCAGGAAGAGGUGGUGAAGGAUUGUGAGAGUGUACGUACCCAGCAGCAGCAACAUGUUCAGCAGCAUAGCUGCACACUGGACGAGUGUUUUCAACUUUAUACUAAAGAAGAGCAGCUGGCUCCAGACGAUGCGUGGAAGUGUCCUCACUGCAAGCAGCUGCAGCAAGGCAUGGUUCAGAUGAGUCUGUGGACACUCCCAGACAUCCUCAUCCUCCACCUCAAGCGCUUCAGGCAGGUGGGCGAACGACGAAACAAGCUCUCCACUCUGGUGCGCUUCCCUCUCACAGCCCUGGACAUGGCACCCCACAUGGUCAAGAGGAGUAACUGCACCCGCCUGCCUUCCACAUGGAAACAGCAGCUUCAUCAAAGGACUGAAACAGGACAACAUCCUGAGGACUUCCUGUACGACCUGUAUGCUGUGUGUAACCAUCAUGGAGGCAUGCAUGGAGGUCACUACACAGCAUACUGCAGGAACUCAGUGGAUGGCCAGUGGUACGAUUAUGAUGACAGCAGCGUAGAGCCGGUGCCUGAGGGGGAAGUGUGUACACGUGGGGCUUAUAUCCUCUUUUACCAGAGACGCAACAGCAUCCCUGCAUGGUCAGCUAGCUGCUCACUCCGAGGCUCUACAAGCUCCUCCAUGUCUAAUCACUGGCUUGUCCGUUUGACAUCUGUGUCAGAAGAAAGCCAAACCUUGAGUCUCACGACCAAGGCCUCUAGCUGCUCCUCAGCUCCUGAACCUCAAACGCCAACUUCUCCUGUUUUCUAUGAGCAGCCAAAAGGAGAUGCUGAUGGAUUUGAGUCAAGACCAUUUGUCCGUGGCACCCAGGGCCGUAGUGUAAGCCUGCGUUCACCCACCAAGAACAAGGACAACCUGAGCAAAGUGCUUCCUCUACGUUGGUCUUUUGGUUCCAAGGACCGUAAGAAAGUCACUUCUGUCCCUCAGACCACACCACCACGGCCUGGAGAACUGGUGGAGUACCUGGAAUCUGGACGGAGGCCACGGUGCACCAAGGAGCCCAUAGUGAGCCUGGUGGCUAGUCCUGCACAAGGUAAAGCCCAGCUUCCUGUGGAAGACUCGCUCAGCUCCCCUAGUGGCAGCAGCAGCUUUAGUGGAGCGGAGCGAGGAAGCUGUCGUGAGCCAGACUCACCUCGAGUACCUGAAGGCCAGAGCCGACCAGCUUCAGACAGAGGCACUACUAAAGGCAGAGAUGAAGGUUUACUAGCCAGGAAGGCUUCAAAGAGGAGGCAAGAGCAACACGGAAAGACUCAAGAUGGUCAGUCUCGUCGAGAAUCCGCUGCUGGGCUUCAGCCUGGGACUAGCACAGGUCAAAGUUUUGCAAACAGCACAAGUGAAAGCAAAGAUUCCACAUUAAAGCGAGUUUGGAACCAGCCAGCUGGAGCUACCAGGACUUUGUGUAGUCAAAACCAGCAAGAUGAUGUUGCAGGGAGCAGGAAUGAGGAGACUCAGGGCAUCCCAGCAUUCCUUAUGCCAAGCAAUGUUAAGAAAGACAGCCAGUCGAAGGACAUACGUGCCAAAGAAGCAGGUCAAGGAAGAACGCUAACAAAUAAGAGCUCGAACAAGCUGUCCAUGUCCAACGGCACUCCAAAUGGACUGGUAGUGGAGGAGAAAAAAGGCAGUGGCACCCAGAGGUGCAGCAGUGCACGGUACUACAACAAGACUCUGACCAAUGGAAGGGAAACCCACAGUGGCGGUGGGGGGGAUAUUAAGCGAGCGCUGAGCUCUUCCAGCCUUCAAAGCAGGCUGGAUCCGAAUCUGAGGAGGACGGUGUCCCUCCAGAGGAACGGGCUCAUGGUUCCUCCUCAGAAGGGACACACUACUGAUAAACCGUCCUACAAUACACUGCAGAGGAACAGAUAUAGCACCACUUCACUAGGCAGACAGAGACCAGUGCCCGAAUCCUGUUUCUGAUAUCAGGAUUGCUGAAGUGUGUGAGUGUUUGGUUUAGGUGCAAAUAAUUCCAGUUUGAGUGCCUCCCCUGAAGAGAAGAUACUUAGGGUACUUUCACCAAGGCUCCUGUUGAAGGCAAGAAUACAGAUACAACAAAAUUGCAUUUUUAAACAAAUCAUUUUUAAUUCUGUAACAGACCAGUUAAUAAUGUUUUUUUUUUCAUGUAGCCCACAAAUUAACAAGAAUUUGAGCUAGAUUAUUAUUUAUUUAGUUUAGCUUUUAUUCAGUGCAUCAUCUCUGCUGUGUCAUCUGAGUCUGUGUCAUACGAGUGCUGUGGCGCUAGACAGGAAAAGUAAUGGAAUCAUGAAAGAUUCACAUUCUUCUGAGUCACAUUAUGUGUCAGGCUUAUAAUAACUAGCUGUUACCUAAGGAAUGAAAACAUAACGGGACGUGCUGUUAUAGCAAAAUAAUCAACGACGAUGUAGAAUGAUGUUUGCUUACAAGAGUUUUAUUUAUCUUAUUCCACAGCAAUUUGCCAACGAUUACAAUUCUUUAUUUAUUACAGAACAAUAUGCCAUACUUUAUAUCGGUUUUAUAUUAAAUAGUUAUAUUUAAUGUCAUGGAACAUCUACGAAAAUGGGUUAAUUCCUGUUAUCACUUACGCUGUGGCAGCUAUAAAUAGUCGUUCCCACGCUUUAUCUUUAAAUUUAUAAGUUAAAAAAAAAUGCAGCUUGUUACAGAGAAAUCAUACAGAGCAAACUCAUCUGUCCUGAAGACUUUCCCGUGGCACGUCUGACUGUUACACGGUGCUGACACUGGAGACUCCUUCCAUAAAUGUUUGUUCUGUACAUCCCUGGAAAUGAGCUGUUACUAUAGCAACAGUAACUUAUUAGAACAAGCACAUUAAUUUAAAUAUAUAUUUGGCAGCGCAGCGGUAUAAGAGAAUAUAAUGUGAGCAUUAGCCAAUCAGGAGGGUUGAUAACAGUAGCUAACGACAUGAUAUCAGAUGUGAUCACAGCUUUUUGGGCAACUUUGAUGUACAGCUUUGUUAUCAAAACUAAGAAAUCCUAAUUAGUUUUUAUCCACUCCCCUUUAUUUUAUCCAGAAUAAUGGACGUAAGUAGGUUUGCUACCCCAUACAAACCAGGACAUUGGAAUUAUAUGUUGCUGUGUGAAAGUUCUGUGAAUUUCAGAUAUUCAUCCAUAAUGUUUUGACUAAAUCUGAUACAACUGAGAUUUAACCUUAUAUUUUUAUAUGUUUAAGGAAUAUUUUGGUGUAAUAUUUCUCACAUAUAUACAGUGUCACGUAAAUAACAUGUUCAUAAUAUUAACUCAUUUUUGCCAAAAAUGUUAGCUAGAACCCUAUAUUUAUAAGGUUUAAAUUUUGCAGUGAUUCCAUUAUAAGUGUAAUACAAGCAAAACUACCAGGUGUAAUAACUUUAGAAAUCCAACAUUAUAUUUUAUAGCAUAUUUUGCCUACAUACAUGUGUAAAACAUAGAGAUGCACUGAUACAGAUACUGGGAUCAGGUAUUGGAAUAAAUCCAUGGUCAUUUAUUUAUACUCGUAAAAAUGCUCCAAUACCAAUCUCUGAUUCCACGUGCUACCAUGUGACGUAAACCUAGUGUAUGUUGCAGUGUUACUGAACAGACAACACAAAAUAGCAAUUAAUGAUCGUCACGUGAAUACGUGUGAAAUCAUCAAGAGUACUACAGCAUCUUCCUGCAAUACGAGUAACCUGAUAAAACAUUUUAUGAUGUUUAAGCAGUAUCUUUAAUAGAGAUACAGCGAGAACGGCCGACCUGAUUGCGCAGAGCAGUAAGUGUUGUCAUUAAAAAGCUGCUGUAAAUUGUGCACACAAAGGUAUAUACUUGAGUGUGAAGCAGUGAAGUGAGCAUGCAGAGAAACUGUCACACAUGAGAGCACUUCAGUUUUGCGAGCACUGAGACACACACAUUCUCUUUCCUAUAGUUCUCCGGGGUCUACACUUUGCUCGUGACUGAAGGUGCAAUUCACAGCGCCUUGCACUUUUAAUGAGCACACUUGCUGAUACCGCUCUGCGUGCUCAGGCCAGCUGCCCUCAUGCUCUCUAUUAAGCAUACAAUUUAAACACCAUAAUACACUAUAUGGCCAAAAGUUUGUGGACACCUGACCAUUACACCUAUAUGUGGUUUUUCCCCAAACUGUUGCCACAACGUUGGAAGCACAGAAUUGUAUAGAAUGUCUUUGUAUGCUGUAGCAUUACAAUUUCACUUCACUGGAACUAAGGGGCCCAAACCUGUUCCAGCAUGACAAUGCCCCAAAGUGACAAUGACAAUGACAGUGCCUGCACAAAGUGAGGUCCUUGAAGACAUGGUUUGUCAAGGUUGAUGUGGAAGAACUCGAGUGUCCUGCACAGAGCCCUGACCUCAACCCCACUAAACACCUUUGGGAUGAACUGGAAUACCAAAUGCGCUCCAGGCCUCCUUGCCUGACAUCAGUGCUUGACCUCACUAAUGUUCUUGUUUCCGAAUGAGCACAAAUCCCCACAGCCAGGCUCCACAAUCUAGUGGAAAGUCUGCUCAGAAGAGUGCAGGUUAUUAUAACAGACGGCAAAGGAGGGGGGGACUACAUCUGGAAUGGGAUGUUCAUCAAGCACAUAUGAGUGUGAUAGUCAGGUGUCCACAAACUUCUGGCAAUAUAGUGUAUCUUAAACAUAAAACUCAGCACAAGGAGUUCAUUGGUAGCAGCACACGACAGACACAACCGACACAAACAGAACUGAAUAAAAUGUCUGAUUGAUGAAUACUAAGUAGGUUAUUCAUUUUGGUUUCAGUAUCAGUAUCGACAAGUGCCAAAAAUCACGCACUUGUACUCGUACUUGGCUGAAAAAAUGGUAUCAGUGCAUCCCUAGUAAAACUGAAACAUUAAAAUAUUUGUUCCAUUCUGAUUUUGUUUUAAAUUGCACUUUUAGCUUUGAUUUUCACAUAUAUUCUUGCAUAUUUUGUAUAUCUUGAUCUAUUUCUUAUAGCAUUUGUAACCUGAAAAAGCACAUGAGGAACUAACAGCCCCUUUCACAAACAUUUUCUGGUACUGUGUGUAUACAUGGUUCCAGACAAGCAAGGAUUUGAAAUAUGCUUCUUUGCCAAGCAGAACCUAAAACGUUUCAAGACAAAUUUAAAAAAAUGCUUCAGGGAACUGCACAGUGGAAGUGAAUUUGUGGAGAUGCUCUUUGGUGUGGUGCAGGAGUCAUGGUGCUCUCUGCAUUUUUUAGCUAAUAAUUUGUGGUUUUAAAUCCAAUAUCCACGCAGUUAUUUUUUUCAGAGCACAGAACCAGUUACUUUCCUAAUGUACACUAGUUGGAUCAACAAACACUUGGUUUGUUUCUUUUAAAAUAUACCAUAUGUCAGAUAAGUAUGCUAGAGGAGCUGAUAAGUAUGCAAUUAAAUAUACAACAUUUAUGCAAUUAAGUGCAGCAGAACAGAUCAAUUCUUACUAAAGACAGAAACAGCAGUCAGUGUCUAUUGGCAAAACAACUCAAAUGUUGAUUGUGAUAUUAUUUAAGUGCCUUUUUAUAAUGUUCUUGAAGGAGCAUUAGUAUUAAAGUUUUCUAUAUAGACACAUGCACACUCACAAAUGUGUUCUAGAUGGCAUGCACAGUUGUGUAUACACUGGUAUACAUAUAGACUCAAAUAUAGACUCAUCUGUAUAUUUACUCCGCACAUAGGACAGUAUGGCACAAACAAUAUACAGACCACACACACACACACACAUCUCUAUCAUCUCUCCAGUUCCCAUCCACAUGCAGUUAGAAAGAGCAGCAUCUGCAGCUGAUGUAUGAAUUAAGUUUUCUACUUUUUCAUCCUUUAUUCUGUCUGUGUGGUCAACAUAGCAAAGAUCUCAGAGUUUCCCAAAUGCCGUACACACUUUUAAAUAGCAACAUCACGUUGAACACUCUGUACCAGAUAAGACAAUCUGUUGAUUUUUGGGAAACUGGGCCUUUGUUCACUAAAUUAAGCUAAUCUAAGCUGUAGAUCUGGUAUAAUAUUAGUAUUGACAAACUGGAUGGUGUACAUUUUUUCACCUUGUUUGAAUUCAGCAGCAAUAUGUAGAUAUAUAGUGAGAGAAUUUGCACUUAACAUGUAGCCAAAAAGGCAGACAACAAUCCUUUUCUUUUUCUUUUUUUUUUCCCCAGUAAUUAGAUUAUGUGUGUGUGUGUGUGUGUGUGUGUGUGUAGAGAUUUCUGAGAGAGAGAUGUCAAGCUUUAGUCCUAUCUGCCCUGAAAAGCUAAGGGAUGUUAUAGUGAGUGGCACUGAAGAGGAACCAAAAUAUAUUUAACUUUAUUUUUUUCACUGAUGGAUUCAUUAUUUUUGAGCAAUGGUAUCUAUUUCCAUACAGGCUUCCUUCUGUACAGGCUUUCCAAGGAGUUUAGGCUUGUUUAAAGAUGCAGUAGAUAAGUGGCAGGGCUAUUAGUUUUUUAUUUAUAGUGAGCCAGUGGACAAGUAUCCUCAGUUAGCAAUCACCAGUGUUUCUUCUUCUCUUAUCCAACAACCCAAUGAAGGACUUUUUACAUUUUGCUAGCUACCAUUUUCUUUAGCUUAAUCAAUUAGAUUUCUGGGCACCUAGUUUUUCAGUCAAACCAGUAAAAACGCAACAGUUUCUGUUCGAGUGACCAGAAGGUUGUGAGUUCAAAUCCCAGUACUGUUAGAGAGCCACUGCUGAGCCAUUGAGUGAGACUCUUAACUGAAUUCUGCCUUACUUCUAAGUCACUUUGGAUCCAAGCGUCUGCCAAAUGAGUAACUGUAAAUGUAGUCAUAUACACUGUUACACAACUCCCUGGUUAAAUGACUAAAUUCUGGUUUUAAGACUACAAAAAAACAUCAAGCAUUUCCCGUUUCAGAUCAACAAAUAUGAUAAGAAUGAAUUCUGUUUGCUUUUGAAGUACUAUAAUGAAGGAACAUUGUUGCUGUUAAGGGUUAAAUGUUGUGGAUAUAUUUUUAUGCAAACUUUUGUAUUCAAAAACUUUUUAACUAAUCUGUAAUUAAUGUAAAUAAAGUUGUAAAAUUGUGUAAUUAAUCAUUUUGCUCAGAUACUGAUUAAAUGGCAAAAGACGGAAAUGAAACAGAUGUAAUCAACACACUGGAAAGAAAUCUACAUGUUUGUACUGUCACUUUAUAUAGCACAUUGUACUUUAUUUUUAAUAUAGCAAAUUAAACACUCUAUUUGUCACUGUAA